AUGGCGAAUGUUCGUCCACAUGACCCUUUGAAGUUAUACAUUGCAGCAUAUAUAAACACAAUUGGGUGUAUGUUAGCCCAAGAUGAUGAGAAUGGGCAUGAACGGGCAGUUUAUUACCUUAGUCGGGUGCUAACUGAUAUCGAGAUAAGGUAUUUCCCGAUAAAAAAAUUGUGUUUGUCUUUAUAUUAUGCCUGUAUGAAACUAAAAUGUUAUAUGGUGGCUAAAUUGGUGAAAGUUACAGCACAAACUGAUCUCAUCAAAUAUAUGUUAAGUUUCCCAAUGUUACGAGGACGUUUAGAAAAAUGGAUGCUAACUUUGACAGAGUUUGAUUUACAGUAUGUCCCGGCCAAAGCUAUAAAAGGUCAGAUCAUUGCAGAUUUUCUUGUAGAUAAUUCGAAAGAUCUGAAUGACCAGAGGGCAAAUGUAAUCGACAUUGAAGUCGAUUAUUGGAAGUUAUAUUUUGAUGGAUCGAAGUAUAAAGAUAGUUCAGGGGUUGGAAUUCUUAUUAUCUCACCAGAGGGAAUUCCAUCAGAAUUCUUGUUUGAAUUAAAAUAUCCUUACUCGAAUAAUGUGGCAGAGUACGAAACUUUGAUUUUGGGUCUCGAAAUAUUAAUUAGUAAAGGGGCUUUAGAAGUUCAAAUACUAGGGAAUUCUCAGUUGGUUUUAAAGCAGUUAUCGAAGGAGUUUAAAUGCAAUAAUGAGAAGUUGCAAAAGUAUUUAACAACUGCUUGGGAGUUGUUAACCUCCUUUCGAAAAUUUUCUUUGGUUUACAUCCCCAAGAUCCAUAAUGAAAUUGCUAAUAAAUUAGCCCAAAUUGCUUCGAGAUAUAGAAUCGGUCCAGAAACUCUUAAAAAAUUUGCUAGUAUCCAUCAAAUAUUAGUGCCUAUGAAUGAAAGAGAGGCUUUAUGCAUAGAUGAAUGGGAAAACGAUGAUUGA